AUGGCAUUCACAUCAAUCCCCAUCCUCGACCUGGACCUCUCCAGAGACCCAACAACAAAGCCCGACUUCCUCAACCAACUGCGCCAUGCCCUCAUGGAGGUCGGCUUCCUCUACCUCAAAAACGUCGGCAUCUCGCAGGAAUUAUGGGACGAGGUCAUCAGGCAAGGCAAAGGCUUCUUCGACAUCUCCCCAGAAGAAAAACUCAAGAUUGAAAUGAAAAACGCCCCCUCGUUCCUCGGCUACUCCCAGCUCUCCGCCGAAAUCACCGCCGGCGCCAUAGACCACAGGGAACAAAUCGACCUCUCGACCGAGCACGCCCUCCCCGGCCCGGACGCCCCGCGGUACUACAACCUGCUCGGCCCCAACCAGUGGCCGUCCGAGGAGAGCGCGCCCGGCUUCCGCGACACGUACACCGAGUACAUGCGCCAGAUGGGCGCCAUCACAGUCUACUUCACCUCGCUCAUCGCCGAGGCCAUCGGGCUGCCCGCCGACGCCUUCGAAAAGUACUUCGAGGCCGACCCGCAGCACAAGCUCAAGAUCGUCAAGUACCCCGACCUCGCCGAGCUGGGGCUCCCCGCGGGCGCGCAGGGCCAGGGCGUCGGCCCGCACAAGGACAGCAUGCUCACGAGCUACCUGCUGCAGGCGACGCGCCACCGCGGCCUGCAGGUGCAAAACGUCCAGGGCCAGUGGAUCGACUGCCCGCCCAUCGACGGGACCCUCGUCGUGGCCAUCGGGCAGGGCAUGGAGGCGCUGACCCAGGGCGUCUGCGUGUCGACGACGCACCGCGUGCUGUCGCCCGCCGCGGGCUCCGGCGCGCGCUUCAGCAUCCCCUUCUUCCAGGGCGUCAAGCUGGACGCCACGUUUGAGGAGCUGGAGACGGUGGGCAUCGGCGAGGUCCCCGCGGCCGUCAAGGAGCAGCGGCAGAGGAUUGUGGAGAGGAACGGCGGCCGCAUCGACGACGUCGAGUUUACGUUCCACAAGGGCUCCGUGGCCACCACCGUGGGAGAGGCAACUCUACGCAACAGAGUCAAGAGCCAUCAGGACGUGGGGGAGCGCUGGUACCCGGACAUCCUCAAGUCCAUCCUCGAGGAGCAAGCGCAGGCCGCACAGAGGCAGCAGGCUCGCAGUCUGCCCAAGUCGACGGCCGACGUGGCGCCCACGGCUGUGGAGGCUCAUUAA